AUGGCGGCCUCCUCCAGCCUUCUCCAAAGGGGUCUCCAAGUGUUUGCUGUCCUGCAAUGGGUCUUCUCCUUCUUAGGGCUGCAGUUGCACCCCUCCUGGAACUACUCCUUUGGCUUCCACCCUCACGGGGUCCUGGUUGUGGGAGCCUUCGCCAACUUCUGCACAGAGCCCACUGGCUUCUCCUGCCUCUUCCUCGAGCUCCGGCCACACCCGCUCAUGCUGCCUUGCCAGCACUGCCUCAGGGGUGGCCAGGUGUCCGUCCUGGCCGUGGGAGGGCCCCUGGAGGCGCUGCUGGCAAAACUCGGAGCACUGAGCUUUCGGAUUCGGAAUCAGAAGGGAUUCGUUAAGUCAGCUCUGGAACCCGGGUUAGGACCCGAGCGUGGCCCGGUGGGGACGCCAGGGAUGCCGGGCCGGGGAGGAGGAGAGCGGCGCCACCCGCGUACCCCGGGGCCAGGAGUCAGCCGCGCCCUGCUCCCCCGCGGCCUCCCUGGUGCCUGUCUUCUCCAGGGAGAACGAGCUCUUCCAGCAGUUCCCGAACCCGCCGGGCUCGUGUUGCGGAGGGUGAAGGAGGCGCUGCAUCCGCUGCUAAGCGUGGCCUUGCCGCUGUUCCUUGGCCGCCGGGGCCUCCAGCUGCCCUUCCGUGCGCCCAUCCGCACCGUCGGUGAGCCCCUGCCUCUGUCCCGCGAUUCCUGCCCGGUGCCCGCUCCCUCCCCGUCCAGCGUUAGGGCCUCGCCACCCAGACUGGCCUUUGGCCGCCGCGCCAGCCCUGAACUCUGUCCUCGCCGAUCCCCGCGGGCGGAAGGGAGAGAAGGAGGAAGGGAGGGGAGGGGGCGGACCGGGGAUCCCAGUCUUCGAGGCGCACAAGGCGCGCUAUGGUGUCCCCGCCGACAGGCACCUGGUCCUCCACCUAGGCGCGCCCCACCGCCUGGCCUCGCCUGUCCCCUGGGUGACUGCGGGUGGAGAAGUGAAAUUAAAGACUGGCCGCUGGGCGCGGUGGCUCACCCCUGUGAUCUCAGCACUUUGGGAGGCCGAGGCCCCACCCAGCAGCCAGCCCAGGCUGGUGACUGA